GGGGCCCGGCAGUUCGCGCUGGGGGAGAGGUCAGCAUGAGUCGGGGGCCACGGCUGGCCGGUUCCGGGCGGGGGGCGGCCGCAGUGCAGCUGCUGGUCACCCUGGGCCUCCUCCCGCGCGUCGUCGAGGCCCAGGUCAAUCUGAAGCGACCAUGUCCUUUCUGGGCAGAAGAUGGCCAUUGUUCAAUAAAAGACUGCCAUGUGGAGCCCUGUCCAGAGAGCAAAAUUCCAGUCGGAAUUAAAGCUGGGAGUUCUAAUAAGUACUCAAAAGUGGCAAACGAUACCAAAGAAUUAGAAGACUGUGAGCAAGCUAAUAAACUGGGAGCAAUUAACAGCACGCUAAGCAAAGAAGCAUUCAUUGACUGGGUGAGAUAUGAUGAUUCACAGGAUCAUUUUUGUGAACUUGAUGAUGAGCGAUCUCCAGCUGCUCAGUAUGUAGACCUGUUGCUGAACCCAGAGCGUUACACCGGCUAUAAAGGGUCCUCUGUGUGGAGAGUGUGGAACAGCAUCUACGAAGAAAACUAUUUCAAGCCUCGAUCUGUUUAUCAUCCUUUAAAUCCUCUGGCAUCUAGCCAUGGAGAAGAUGAUGGUUUGUGCCUGGAGAAGAGAGUCUUCUAUAAACUCAUAUCUGGACUUCAUGCUAGUAUCAAUUUACAUCUGUGUGCAAAUUAUCUUUUGGAAGAAACCUGGGGUAAACCUAGCUGGGGACCUAAUAUGAAGGAAUUUAAACACCGCUUUGACCCUGUGGAAACUAAGGGAGAAGGUCCAAGAAGCCUUAAGAAUCUAUACUUCUUAUACUUAAUUGAGCUUCGCGCUUUAUCAAAGGAGGAAUUCCGCUUACAUUUCAAGAAUAUCUCCCAUAUAAUGGACUGUGUUGGAUGCGACAAAUGCAGAUUAUGGGGAAAAUUGCAGGUUUGUGUUUUGUUUUCUGUUUUAAAACUAUUAUUAACCUUAAAUAUUCCUGCUGGGAGCUUGCAAGUUUUUAUUAUAAUACCCUCACUGUUCGUUGAAAAAGAAGAUCUGAAGUAUGGCAUUUCUGCUUUAUUGAUGUAAAAGCUGAUUAUAUUAAAUCUGUAUUGCAUGUGUAA